AAUUGAGCUAUGUGAGUGCAAUGGUUCCUGUGAAGACAAUGAAAGAAUAUGAUAUAUUGCAAGAGGUGACUGUUUUGUUUUCAGAAACUGUGCAUAGAUCACUAAAGUUAGGUCUUCUUACUCAGGAGAUGAUAGAUGACUAUGACCCUGCACUAAUGUUCACUAUCCCUCGAUUGGCUAUUGUUUGCGGUCUUCUUGUAUACCCUGAGGGUCCACUAAAUCCAGACAUGGAAACUAGCAAUAUGUCGGAGAUGUUCCGUCCUUUUCAGCCCCUCCUUUAUAAAAUAAGAGAACUUCUUUACACUCUCAGCCGGGAUGAAUUAUUUACCUUAGAGAAGGCCCUGUGCAGUGCAGAUGAACCAGAGAUAGACCUGUCGUCCUCGUUGAUUCAUCAGUCUGAUAUUGACAGCCAGUCACAGGUGUCUUGUCAAACAGAAAAAGUUGCAUCUAUGGAUGCCCGGUUUUUAACCAUCUCUCCACUAACUCCUGCCCUCUACCAAGACUCCGCUGCUUGUCAGGAAGAUAUUUUGGUCCAUUCGCCCAGCUCAGGUAGCCCAGUCACUCCAGAUAGUGAGGGUGAGUUUAGUAUUGGACAGAUGAGUCAUUCUCCAUCUGUGGUUACCAUAAUACUCAAAGGGUCACCUGCCAGUGACCACCGAACUGUUGAAAGUGUAGAGAUUUCAUCUCUGAACAAAUGUGCCAGUAAAGACUCUGGUUUUUCUAGUGAGAACAUUGGCUCCAGUGGGAGCCUGAGCAAUCCGGUGUCAUCAUGUGAUGAUGAUGAUCACCACAGUUCUGCCGAUUGUGCCAUGGACACUAGUAGCAAUAGCAGUAGUAAUAGUAGUACCAGUAGUAAUACUAACAACAACAACAACAACAACAACAACAACAUUCCAAAUGACAGAGUUGAUGCUGCCCAGGCUAGUUGUGGAGCUGAACUUUGUGACACAGCAAGUUUACCAGUAAAUCCAUCUUACCAGUCACCAUCACAGCUUCAACAAGAGUCACAUUCAUUAAGCUAUCAACACUCUUACCCAUCCUCACCAUCAUCUACUCCAUCCCCUAAACAAGUUCGACACAAACCGGAGGCUUGCGAGAGCCCCAACACAUCCACAGAUAUUCUGACCACACACCAUGAUAUAACUGACCGCCUGGUGAGCCAGAACCUGUCAUUGCCCUCAUUCAUGCCACCCUCUUCAUCUCUGUCACCCCAGCUCCCUUCCACUAUGGAUAUACCGCCUGCAAUGACCCAAAGUUGGCAGUAUGAUAUUCAGUUUGAAAUUCCUCGUAUAUCAAUACAGCCGUCGAGUUCUGUCGAGGAUAUAGAUGCUAUACAUGAAGUAGGACUGCAGCAGAAGCAGCAGAAGCAGGAUGUGCAACAGAAUUCUUCAUCUUCACCUCCAUCACUGUCACAGCAGCCACAACAACAACAACAACAACAGCAGCAGCAGCAACAGAGUAACCACAAACAAGUUCACUCAGCACACAACCCAAGCCAUGAUCAUCUAUUACAAGAGUGUGCUGAAUCAGCUGCAACAAUCCGGCCAUCAAGUCACUACUUAGGGAGCUGUCGUCGCAGCACAGAAGCAACGAGCCAUGCUGGAGGAGACCUCAUCAAGAACAAGCGGAAAGUGUGCCACUCGAAUCGCGUCACGGAGCCAGACUGCAAAGGAACAUUGAAGUUCAGUACAGCAAUGAAUGCUUGUGCCCUUGAAAAGUUCCAACACAAGGCUGGCAACCCCUACCGUCGGGGUAGUGUUGGCGGCGGUGGUGGUAGCAGUGUGAGCCAUGGUGCUAUGUUACCAGAUGACUCGGAAGCCUGUCUGGAAAUUCCAAGGAUUCAACGGCUGCGCUAUACUGAGAGCAUCAGUUCAACCUGCUCCAGUUGUCGCAGUGGAUGCAGUGUUGGUAGUGACUGUGAGUGGGAUCGAGAAAGUUGUGCCAGUAGUGAAACGAGUUCGUAUAAUUCUGAUUGCCAUGAUGAUGAAGAGAUAGCACUUGCUAUCCAAGCUGCUGAACUAGCUUCCCGAAAUGAAGCCCGUUCACGCUUUCAAAACAGUAGUGAUCUCAUUCAUCGACUUUUUGUAUGUAUAUCAGGUGUGGCUGAUCAAUUGCAGACCAAUUUUGCCAGUGAUCUACGCAGUAUACUUAAGGCAGUUUUUGAUAUUAACUGUUCAGAGCCUUUAGUAAUGGCUGACAAUGCUAUCGAGAGUGGCUCUCAACUUUACACAGCCAGCUCCAAUCACGCAAUGGGAAGUGUAGGUGUACCUCAUCACAUUGCUGCUUCUGGCUCAACGGGUUCGCCAUCUCCUCCAUUAUUAGCUCGUAGUGCCAGCAGUGAUGAUGAACAACAUCUUGAACAGUAUGCACGCUCAAGGUCAUUCCAAGAACCACCUCCUUGGGUUCCAGAUGAACAGUGUCCCCACUGUUCUUCUUGCAAAGCCCCCUUCACCUUCGUGAAGAGACGACAUCAUUGUAGAAACUGUGGCAAGGUAUUUUGUUCUCGAUGCUCAGCUAACUCUGUUCCAUUGCCGCAGUAUGGACAUGUGAAGCCAGUGCGUGUCUGCAAUCAUUGUUUUGUAUUUCAAGUGACUCAUUUCACCGUGCAAGAAGAGUGAGCACUUGGUACUCCAAAGUGAUCCAAUUAGCUUAUCAGGAUGAACUUUAUCAGUUGGUUCUCUGUUUUCUCCAAAAAGCAGAUGGUCCUUCCAUUGUUGUCCAACUGGUUCUGAUGUUGAGCGUAACUUUUAGCUACUCCAUCACGACAUGACAGUGUGAAUGGAGGGGAGCUUGGGAUAACGAUGCUGACUGGAUUAACUCUGAAUUUCCUCGCCCUGGCAUAAAGACGGUGUGCAAAUUCAAGUCAGAAUGUACCGACUUUUUUCUUCUUUCCUUAUCCCUUCCCCACACUAAUUGGUAGCACAAGAACGUGUUUGUGGUGGUGGGGAGGGCUCCUCUUGUUGGGUGUUCCAUGUAAGGUCUACAGCACUUUCAUUGCAAACUAAUUCCUUGGACACCUCAAGCUGAAAACUUGAUAAAAAAGCAUUCUCUCCUUUUCUGAUUUUUUUUUUUUUUGUUUUGUAUGUUAUUUCUCAAAAAAAUCCAUGUAAGAGCGUAAUUACAUUUUGUUAAUAGAAUUUUGUCUUAUGAAAGAAAUCUGGGAAAAAAAAAAGAGACAAGUAAAAAGAAAAAAAAUCAUAUAUAAUGAAGCUGCAUCUAUUUUUUUUGUAUGUUUAAAAACAUAUAUUAGCAAUAUUUCACCUGACCAGUGGAAAAUAUGGGAUUUAUUUUAUCCCCAAACCAAUACCACAACUGUGAUGUCUUCUAUAACUGUUUGCAGUUCAGAUUUUUGUUUUUGUAUUUUUAUUUUAAACUCCAACUCAUUAUUUUUUUAUUGUUUAUGUUCUGUAAAAGAAGUGAAACAAAAAUUUUUUCUAUUAUAAUUAUUACUGCUCGUUUUACGAAAUUAAUCUUCUUACUUUGCAAAUUUAGUUAAAUGGCUCUUAAGAAAUAAUUGGACAAAUGUGAGAUUUAAGAAGCGGGGUACAUUGAUGAUAAGGCACUGGUAAUGGUGGUGGGGUACACAGUAAUUUCUCCAAUGCUUAGAGAUCUCUUUUCAUCAAAGAAACCAAAACUGAAAGAUGGAUUUCCAGUUUGAUCCUACCAAUACUAGAGUUUGUUUAUCUCUUUGCUAUUUUCAAAGCAACAAAAUAAUGCUAUCAACAUGUUUUAGUCUACUAAUGAAGAUAUCUAUCUAUAUGUGUCUGUAUGUAUAUAUGUACAUACACUAAUUAUGUGUGUGUAUAUAUGUGUGCGUGUGUGUGUGUGUAUGUAUAUAUAUAUAUAUAUAUAUAUAUAUAUAAAGUGGAAGUGUUGAAUAUAACAUAUUUCCCUCUCCCAUAAAAUUUGUUUCUCAAAAUUAAACUUAUAAUAAAGGACACAUCUAUCAUUGAGUUUA